GCUGGCUGUCAUUGUGCUGUAGAUAAACGUCACGACGCGGUUGCUCUAGCAAGGACCGUGGUAUAAAAUGCACGCCUACGUCGAUUUAUUUUUUAUGUCACGCGUCUGGAUGUUUAUCAAACACUGCAUCCUGCGCACAUGAUUCCGGGAUUGCGUUUUCACCGCUGAUAUUCACUCGGUACCGCGGACACCCGUCUGCGCUGUCCCCUCCAGCAACAUGUCCAGCGUUAAUCUCAUUUUUUGGGACCAGUUGCAAGCCGGUAGUUCGGACGUGGACUGGUGUGAAGGCAAUUACCUUAUUUAUCCAAGCAUUGCGGAAUUUUACAACACGAUCAGCAACAUAUUGUUUUUUGUUUUGCCGCCUUUAUUAAUGUGCUUAUUCCGCCAAUACGCAACCCAUUUCAACAGUGGGAUAUAUCUAAUAUGGAGUCUUCUAGUGGUUGUUGGGAUCGGAUCCACAUACUUCCAUGCCACUCUGAGCUUUCUGGGCCAGAUGCUGGAUGAGCUGGCCAUCCUGUGGGUGCUGAUGUGUGCCAUAGCAAUGUGGUUCCCCAAGCGAUACCUCCCCAGGAUGUUUAGGAAGGACCGGACGAGGUUCAAGGUGGUGGUUGGCAUCUUGUCGGGCAUCACCACUGGGCUGGCCUUCGUAAAACCCGUGGUCAACGCCCUGUCCCUGAUGACUCUGGGCAUCCCUUGCACUGUGCUGCUCAUCACCGAGCUAAGGAGGUGUGAGAACCUGAGGGUCUUCAAGCUGGGCCUAGUCUCUGGGUUCUGGUGGGCCCUGGCGCUGCUGUGCUGGCUCAGUGACAGGAUAUUCUGUGACAUGUGGUCGUCUGUCAACUUCCCCUACCUGCACUGCGCCUGGCACAUCCUGAUCUGUCUGGCCUCCUAUCUGGGGUGCGUUUGUUUCGCCUACUUUGAUGUGGCCACCGAGGCACCUGAGCGGGGGCCCGUCAUCAUGUUCUGGCCUAAUGAGAGCUGGGCUUUCAUAGGCGUCCCCUACGUCAGCUUCCUCUGCGUCCAAAGGAAGUCAGCCAUCAAGGUGACAUGAGCUGUGAACCCACAGCAGGCAAAUGUUCACACGAAGCAAGUCCUCACAGGACAAAAGUCCUCGCAGUACACAAGUAUUCACCCGAAGCAAGUUCUCACAGGACACAAGACCUCACAAGACCCAAGUCACAAGAAGCAAGUCUUCACAAACCCAAGUCCUAAAAAGACAUCAGUCUUCUUGACCUGGUAAAAUGGAGUGAAGCGGCGGGCUGAAACAGGCGCAGGGAAUUAGUUAUGCACCAUACACCCUUGAAUAUGAUUGGAUGUUGUAAGAGAUAUGUAUAUGGCCUGUACUAAUGAUUUAACCCCUAGGCCUGUUUUCCUUAUUCUUUGUAUGACGAACAGUACCAUUAAUGCAAUCUGCUGCCAAAGCACAAGAGCUACACCAGGAUCGUCCGUAUUGACAACAUAAAAAGGUUUAUCAGACCUGAGAAGUGCACACUGUGAGUGGAGGGCACGUAUGGGAAAUCAUGUGUUCUGGUUAGAAAUAGAAGAAGGUGAAAUCAGGAGAUAAUUCAGGUCAAUCUCCUGCAUGGUAUGAACCGCCAUUUUGAUAUUCCUGUAGCAUCCAAUUGAUGCACUUUAAUGAUUGUGGAAUCCUGAUCAGGUCAAUUCUGACUUAACAUUGUAUUGAUUAACCCCCCCAAAAGUGUUAGUUUGAUACUUCUGCAAAUGUUUCUUUAAUUAUAGAUCUAUAGUUUUAACAGUAUUUCAAGUGUACGCUUAGAGGAGAAUCAUGAUUCUUGUUUCCUUUUGUCUGUAUUUGUGUGUGACUACAAGGGAACAUUUCUGCUUUAAGAAAAAAUCAUCAGGUCUGGUGCGUGUGUAGCUGCCGACUCACGCUUGAUGAAAUACUUGCUGGUAGUAUUUCAUAUGUUUAUUUAAGAUAUAUCUGUAUAUUCUAUAUUUUUGUCAAGGUUUGUAUGUUCAUUGUUGGUACUUAUUUUUUUUUACAAUGCUCCAAAACUAGCAUUGUGAGUUGUAAAAAAAAUACCAAAACAAUUAUUAGCUGUUCAUAAGUUAGUCAGGGUAUAACUGACUUUCGAGAAGAUUUAAUCAAGUUUUAUUUCUGAACAAUGUUAAUCAUGCAUGUAUUAAAGUUUUCUAAGAACCAUAUUUAUGCAAUACUUUAUAAUGAAGGAUUCCUGCAUUAAUACUAAUUCUAUAUUUUUUAAGCAUCUCACCUAUGUCACAUUCAUGUUUGUAUCUGCAACCAUGGGUUUUGUAACAGGAGGGGCAAAAUAUCGUUAAACUAACCAUCCAGGCAGGGUACUGACCCCUGCCAGACUUGAGUUGAAUUCUCAGGAACAGGCCGAGAUAGCUGAAGUACAUUGGAUUCUGGUUUAAGGUUUGCUGAUCACUCUGCGCUUCUAUGUGCCCGUCCGAUUUAGAUCCAAGAUGCGUGAGUUUGCCGUACAAUGGAAGAAUGUAGGAUUACAAAAGUACAAAAACAAUUCUCUGAAAGCAAAUUUAAACACCAAAGGUUGUGUUAUUGGUUAAUCUCAUACUUUUACAGAAGUGAAUCUAGCUCAAAACUAUGUGCAUGUUUAUCACUUUUAACUAGUUUUCUAUUUAUUUGUGUUAAUUAAUGGGAAGGAAACACAUUUUCUGUAAUCUUUCCUGAUUUCCCCUUUAUUAGUCAAGUUCUUAUUUUUGUAAACAAAGGAACAAUUAAAACUCCUACCUGCAUGCUUUUUUGCAAUAUUUCAACACAUUCUUUGUUGUACUACAUGAAUGUUAUUAUUUUAAGUAGAGUAUGAAUAUAAAACUAUGGAAAGUAAAGCAUGUGUGUCAAAUCAUUUUGAUAGAUUAUGUGUGAAAUUAAAGUGAUAUUGUUGUUAAGCUAUAAUUCAGGAAUACCACACAGUAAAGGCCUACCUCAUUGUUGUAGUGUACAUUAUUCCUGUAUCUCAUUCAAAUAUACCCAAUACUUUUGAAAAUAGGACAUUGAGAAAAAAAUAUACAGGGUUUAUUUACGUAGACUAUCUUUCUUCCCCCGCUUCUAAGAAUAGAUCAAAGAGUCAACAACGGUUACAAUGGAUUGGGUUAUGUGUUUGUAUAGAUUUUCCCUCUGUACCUGAAAUAGGACUGAAAUAAAUAUAUAUUUUGAUAAUGUUGAUCAAUAUUUGUAACAAGACUAUAGGAAUAUGUAAUGCAAUAAAUUGAAAUACUCAAUA